UUUGGUACAACUCGUCUUCAUUUCAACAUGGGUCGUCGUCCCGCUCGCUGCUACCGCUACUGCAAGAACAAGCCGUACAUCAAGUCGCGGUACUGCCGUGGUGUCCCCGAUGCCAAGAUCCGGAUUUAUGACAUGGGCAACAAGGCCGCGUCGAUCGACCAGUUCCCGCUCUGCGUCCACCUUGUCUCGAACGAGUACGAGCAGCUGUCGUCGGAGGCCCUUGAGGCCGGCCGCAUUGCUGCCAACAAGUACAUGGUCGUGAACUGCGGUAAGGAUGCGUUCCACCUCCGCGUCCGGUGCCACCCGUACCACAUCCUGCGCAUCAACAAGAUGCUUUCGUGCGCUGGUGCCGAUCGUCUCCAGACCGGUAUGCGCCACGCCUUCGGCAAGCCGCAGGGUCUCGUCGCCCGUGUCAACAUUGGCCAGCACAUUCUGUCCAUGCGCACGUACGAGAAGAACCUCUACCACGCCCUCCAGGCCAUGCGCCGGUCCAAGUACAAGUUCCCGGGCCAGCAGCUGAUCAAGGUCUCGCGCCGUUGGGGUUUCACCCAGCUCGACAAGGCUGACUACCUUGCCCGCCGCGACGACGGUGACGUGGUCCACGACGGUGCCUACCUCAAGCUUCUCAACAAGCGUGGCCCGCUCGCGCCCAAGCUUAACCGCAUCAUCAAGCGCGCCACCGGCCAGUAAUCGACACCCUCUAUGGGAGCUGAUCUUAAAGCUUUGCGUUUGUG